AUGUCGUCGAUAUCCAAGAGGCAGGAUGCGAAGAAUCAGCAGUUCUUGCGCUCCUUGAUCCAGUUGCCUGCCAAUUCUACGUGCGCCGAUUGUCGCAAUCCGAACCCGCUGUGGGCAUCAUGGUCGCUCGGAUGCUUCCUCUGCAUGAGAUGUGCCGGUCUUCAUCGCAAGAUGGGUACUCACAUCUCUAAAGUGAAAUCAAUUUCAUUAGAUACAUGGACGCCCGAGCAGCUGAACAACAUGAAGGAGCUUGGUAACGAGAAGAGUAACGCGAUCUGG